AAAUCUUCGAAAACCUCUCCUUAACCUCAACCCCCAAUCCCCACCACCCCCUCAGCGAGCCCCCCACGCCCCCAUCCACUCCUCUCUCCCCCAAAACCCCCGCGGAAUCCUCUCGAAGCACUCCCUUCACCCCCUCAUUGUUCUCUAGUCAAUUCUCCUUAAUGGGAUCGAAACUACCUCAAGGCCAGGCCUCAGAACACGUUCCGACAAGUUUGAGUCAUGCCUCGUCCAGUUUGUUCGGGCAGCAAAGCACGAAAGGGGCGAGACAAAGCUUGCUUCCGCUCAAUUUGAAUGUGAAGAAAGAAGAGAAUUUGGAUGGUGCGGAUGUGAUUAGUCGGAGAAGGAGUGAGGAGCUGGAGUAUUCGUACUCUGAGGAGUAUUACAGAGGGAAGAGUGAUGAAGAUAGCAGGCGUUCGGGAUUUUUUUCGGGAAAUUCGUUUUCCCACUUGAAUAAGACUGAAAAUUCCUCCCCACCUCCAGCCGAAUCUCCUUUGAACGCCAUCAUGCAACAAUCAAUGGUCACAUCUAUGCAGCAUCGUGACACUAUGUCAUCUUCAGGACUACUGAUAAGUAAGACAUCUCAAAUGGACUAUUCCAAAUAUGUAAAGAAGUUUUCAUCGAACUUGGAAUGUGGAAAUUCAUACUGCAAAGACUUAAAUUACAGGGAACAUUUUCAUUGUCUGGACUGCAAUUCUCGGGUUUUUAUCAAAAAGGAAGAAAUGAUUCGCCAUUUUAAAUGGCACAAAAAGAGAGACGAAUCCCUACAACAUGGAUUCAUGAGAUACAGUCCUCUAGACGACUGUAGUGAUAAAUUUUCUAACUGCACGCACAACAAAAAACAAACUCACUAUCACUGUAUUCAGGAAAAUUGUGACAAAGUUUAUAUUUCAACUAGUGAUGUACAAAUGCACAGCAACUAUCACAGAAAAGACAGUGCUAUUAUGCAGGAAGGCUUUCAAAGAUACCGGGCGACUGAAGAAUGCGGCGCAUCAUACUGUGCGUUUUUUGGUCAAAGAACGACUCACUUCCAUUGCAGAAGAACUGGAUGCAGAUUUACCUUUAAAAAUAAAUCAGAUAUGGAAAAACAUAAAACGUACCAUAUAAAAGAUGAACAACUUUCGCGGGAUGGAUUCAAAAAAUUCAUGAAAAAUGAAUUAUGUCCUUUUGAAAAUUGUCGGUUUUCAAAAGUUUGCAAUCAUAUACAUUGUAUCAGACCGCAGUGUUCUUAUGUGCUUCACAGUUCUGGGCAGUUGUUCUCCCAUAAGAGAAAACACGAAAGAAAAGAUAGUGAAUUAGCUUACAGGAAAUAUAAACUAGCUCAAAGUAUGAUGAAGACUCUGUCUGAUGGGGGAGUACCUCCAGGCCAGUUAAAUCCCUUCAGUUCCUUUGCUAGGGACUACGAGGCUCAAAUUGACCUAGCUAACUUUUAUAACCAACAAAACUCAGUUUCAAACAUGUCGAAUGUCUCUAAUACCGAGAGUUUAAGUGAUAGAAACUCUCCAUUAAGUUACAACGAUGAGUCUGAAGGUGCAUUAGCAAUGGAUCUUAGCGCCAGUGAAGCUUCCAAUUUACCUUCACACGAGGACACGUUCAAUUGUGAUGAUUUUUGGCGAAAAUAUUGCCAGUUUGUGCCAGAAAACCAGCCGUGUAAUUCAAAAAAUAACUGUGAGUACAACUUCCAAGAGCACUAUCAUUGUAUCCAAGACAACUGUGAACUAGUGCUGCUAUCUAAAGAGAAUGCCAAAGAACAUUCCAGGAACCACGAGCAACAGGAAAUUAUAACAGAUAAUUUCUUUUCGAUAUCUGAAAUAAACGAGCCUUGUGAAGAUCAAGCCUGUAUCUACCAGAACAAAGAAAGGCACUUUCACUGUAGCAUAGAUAACUGUCGAGAGAUAAUACUGUCAUCUGACAAACCUUUUCGAAGAUUAGAGCAUUACAAGAUGCAUCAAUACAGCCAAAAAUUAAGUCUGACCAAGGAUCCGCUCACUGCUACCCAUCUGGCUACCAGCAUAGACGGAAUGUUCUGUAGGAAGCGGGGGAGGCCACCGAAGAACCGGGUUAUUGAGGUCUGGAAUGAUUAUAACGCACUGGGCGGAUCACAGAGCAUGAUGGAUAGUCCUCAAGCUAUUUUUACCAGUUUUAAACUUCCUAAACCUUCAACGACUCUUUCGAGUGGUAAAGAUAUCGAGCAACAAGAUGAAGAGGAUGAAAAAAAUAUGCAAGUGGCUACCAGAAGAUCGCCGUUACAUUUUGCCCCUACUACACCGGAUUUUUCAAACAUGCUGAAAACGUUUGACAGUUACAGUGAGAACACUAAAUGUCCCGAUACUCUCUGUCCCUUUCUCGGGAUGUCACAUUUUCAUUGUAACAAAAAGAGAUGUUUCUAUGCUACAGAUAAAAAAGAUUUCUUAAUUAGCCAUACGAAAGACUUCCAUGAAAAUAUCGAAAUACUGAAUAAUUUCGAAUUCUACGAUCGAGUAGUCGACUGUAGACUGGCAGGGUGUGCAUCAAACAAAGUGAAUAGACAUUUCCACUGUACGAGACCCAACUGCAACUAUAGUUUCGUCCAAUACUCCCAGAUGGCAGUUCACAAUCAAAAACACGAGGGCUCAGUAGAUAAAUCUCUAAGUUUUCCUUCGAUCAGAGUAAAGAGUGAAGAACUGUUGGUUGAAAAAGAACAUGACACUAAGUCUGGAGAGUAUGGCAUUGUUAAUUUAAGCCAAAGUCAGAAUGGUGGGGAAAGCAAUAAAGUUUCUGUGGUGAGGGCUUCUGGCACAUUUUACCCUAUAUCUACAUUACCAGUAACGGUGGACCAGCCACGUUCACCGCCUAAUCAUGUCAUUUUGACAGAUAGUCCCAUUCAAGAUUUUGAUGCCCAAUCAACAUCUUCAACAACCUUGUACAGCCCAGAGAUCUCAUGCAGUCGGCCAUUUUGUAAAUUGAAGCGAAAACCGCAUUACCAUUGCAAUGCCUGCAAUCAGGCAUUCUCCGAACUGGAUAAGCUCGUACCGCAUAUGGCCAGGCACAGUUCGGGGGCAUUGCAGAAUGCCUCGUGCGUUUUGGACCAGGAAGAGAACAUCAGAAGUGGGAAAAAUGAUGAGCUGCGUAGUUCAAGGACGGAAGGAGCGAUUAGUGUGGCUAAUUUAUCAAGUCUACAGGGUGGUCCGGUAUCCCUUGAAAAAACAAACAUAUCCACGCCCAAAGAACCAUCUACCCCGGAGACACCCUAUUUUUCCACGCCUACUUUCGAUGCCUAUAACCAUUUUAGCCAAUUUCCUCCGAAUUUUGCCACCCAGAUUGCCAUCAUGCAACAACAGAAUGCCUUCUUACCUCAGAGCCUAUACCAGCAAGGCGUUCCGUCUCAGCUGAUGUUUCAACAUGCCCAGUUAAUGCAAGGUCCUCUGUUAACCCAUCAGAACCAUACCUUUCCGACUGAAAAUUUGACGUCACCUUUAGCUGCGAUGGCGGCAAAUUUAAACAAGAGAGCAUUGAGUCCACACGAUAUGAGUCCCGAUGCCAAAAAAGCGAGAAUUCAUAACUCAAUGAGGAUUUUGAAGGAUGAGCCAGUUCCCGCAGGGUAUCUAAGGUUUCGGUUCAAUGAGGACUGCAAGUACCAACAUUGUGGCUAUCGAGAGCACCAAACGCAUUUCCAUUGUCAAAGACAGGACUGUGGGUACUCGUUUUGUGAUAAAACAAGAUUCGUGCAACACACGGCAAGACACGAGCGACUUGACACCCUUAUGGGAGGUGAUUUUCAACAGUACAGAGCCAAUGUGGCUUGUGGAAGGCAAGACUGCGCUUAUACAGCAAACUUAGGUUCUACCCAAAACAAGGCUUCGCACUUUCACUGUCUCAAAUGCGACUUUGUAUGCACUGACACAAAUAAGGUAGUGGCCCACAGAAGACAGCACCAAAAACUUGACAGUAUCCAGGCUGCUGGAUUUGAAAAGUUCACCCCCAGUCAAAUUUGCAGAGUUCAAAACUGUCAGCACAGUGGCAAACAGACGCACUACCACUGUCUAAGUUGCCAGUACGCUGUUCUAGGGUUAGCUCAAAUGAGCGCUCACAAAUACAGACAUAUCGAAGGUUAACAUAGAUAGAAUUAAAAUGAACAAAUACUGAAAUCAGAACGAUAUAAUUAGUACUCCUAUAAGGUUAGUAUACAGUAAAAUAUACCAUGUAGCCCGAUUAUACCGAUUUGGCCAUCGAAACUGUGCGGUCUGGAUUUUAAUGUGUAAGACAGUCAUGUCGACAGCUUAAUGGAAAAUCAAAUGUAUUAAAAAGAGAUAAAAAUUAGGUCGACACAUUUCUUCUAUCCGUACACAUUUUCCUACAAAUGUAAAAAACCGGCAACACUGUAUGCCGCUUUUGAUUUUGUCUCUCUGUCUGUCAACCGGUCAUUUAUAUUAUUCUUUGUCACACUCAUUAAAAUGCAGACCACAUAAAUUGGAUGGUAUAAUAAUUGAUAAGUUGAUUUUUAUAUACUCUAUCAUUGUUUAUAGCAUUCUGCAUGUUGUUGCCAUCGCACUCCCUUGGCAGAUGGUUAAAAUCUUUACUAGCCUUAUAAGAAUAUUAGUUAUAUGCCUGAAAUUAAUUUAUCGAGAAUGAAAAGUUACUGGUCAGUUACUUUCUUCGAUUAGAAAAUGAAUUGGAGAUAAAAUUUUGACCUCAAAAAAUACUACUAAUGUUAGAGAGUCUGUAACAAUGUAUAUAGGUAUAGAGACAAGAACAUGUACAAAUUACUAUAAAUUAAGAAACUGAGUGACUCAACUUUUUGUAUAUAGAACAUAUAUAUCUGUAAAUAAGUAAUUUUAAAAAACUUAUAUAAUACCUCAUAUAUCGAAAAAAAACGGGUGUUUUAGAUUAUAUACUCUCACCAAUGGGAUCUUGAAAAACAGUAAUAUAUACAGAAUGAAACUCUAUAUUUAAAAGUGUAAGAGUCUCUAUCCUAAAUAGUUAGAAAAAAUAUACAAACCGGAAUCCAACUUGAAAUAUCCUGUAUCGCUUAACGUGUUUCCGAGACUCCAAUGGUGAUAGUCGAAUAUUUUGAAACACCCGGUAUAUAGUUUAAACUAAAUCGAGUAACUGAGAGUAUAAAAAAUAUCAACUUUUUGGCGUAAUGUAUUUAACGAAGAGGUCAAUAAUUACAGUUUUAAAACUAGUAUUAAAUAUUAUAAUAAAAUCUUGUGUAUACUUUUUAAAAACCAAUUUGUGAUAAUAUAAAGUUGAAAACAAAAAGUUUUAAACAAGUUAUAAUAAUAUUCUAAAAGAAAAUAAUAUUUAAAUUAUAUUCGUAUAUAUAAAACUAUAUUAGGGAACAAGUUUUAGAUUUUUUAAGUUAUAUGAAACGAUCAAAGACAAAAUCUAGUAUUUUCUUUAUAAGAUUAGUAGUAAGUAAUAUUUUUUUUGAUUUGAUCAUUUUUUUCUUUUUUUUGUGUAGAUUGUUAUACAUAGAGAGGCCUUUUUCAAUAGAUAGAGUUGUGCCUUAGAU